AUGGCCGUGGAAAGAAACGGGGAGCGCAUGCCCACAGCCAUAAACGGCUCCUUAGAGAUCGACGUCGGUGAUCAUUCACGCGACGAGUUUCUCGACGACGAUGGCCGUGCAAAGCGUACUGGGACAAUGGUCACUGCAAGUGCUCACAUCAUCACGGCGGUGAUUGGGUCAGGAGUGCUGUCGCUGGCCUGGGCCACGGCUCAGUUGGGUUGGAUCGCCGGACCAGUUGUUCUCUUCAUCUUCGCUCUCGUCACCUGGUACUGCUCCAUCAUGCUUGCAGAUUGCUACAGGAGUCCUCAAGGGAAGAGAAGCUACAGCUACAAAGAUGCUGUCGAGGCCAUUCUAGGGAGCGUUUACUGUAAGUUCUGCGGAUGGGCACAGUACGUAAAUCUGGUUGGAGUUUCCAUCGGCUACACCAUCACAACCGCUAUUAGCAUGGGGGCGAUCAAGAAGUCCCACUGCUUUCACAAGAACGGCCAAAAUGCGACGUGCGAAGUGUCGACGACGAUGAAUAUGAUCAUCUUUGCGGUCAUCCAAAUACUGCUCUCCCAGUUGCCUAAUUUCCACAAGAUCUCGUGGCUCUCCAUUGUGGCAUCGAUCAUGUCCGUGGCUUACUCCAGCAUCGGCCUCGGCCUCUCUGUGUCCAAAAUAGCAGAGGGACCUCAGGCGACGACCACUCUCACAGGAGUCGUAGUGGGGGUGGAUGUCACAGCGACUGAAAAACUUUGGAGAACAUUUCAGUCUCUCGGAAACAUAGCCUUUGCUUACUCUUAUUCCAACGUUCUCAUUGAGAUCCAGGACACUCUGCGAUCAAGCCCUCCGGAGAACCAGGUGAUGAAGAAGGCCUCCUCCAUAGGAGUUUCCACCACCACGAUGUUUUACAUGGCGUGUGGACUUCUGGGCUAUGCAGCUUUUGGAAACAGUGCGCCAGGCAACUUCUUAACUGGGUUCUACGAACCAUUUUGGCUCAUCGAUAUUGCCAACAUUUGCAUUGUCAUUCAUCUCGUCGGUGCUUAUCAGGUAUUUGCUCAACCAUUUUACCAUUUCAUCGAAACUUGGAGCAGAAACCGUUGGCCGGAUAGCCGCUUCCUAACAUCAGAGCAUGUUGUCAAAGUUCCAUUGCUGGGUGAUUUUCCCCUCAGUAUUUUUCGGCUGACCUGGAGAACUCUUUACGUCAUUGUCACAGCUGUUGUCGCCAUGAUCUUCCCUUUCUUCAAUGAUUUCUUGGGUCUGAUAGGAGCUAUAUCAUUCUGGCCGCUGACUGUGUUUUUACCCGUGGAGAUGUACAUCGUGAGAGCAAAAAUUCCAAGGUUCUCUUCGACGUGGAAUUGGCUCAAGAUCCUGAGCACGAUCUGUCUGUUAGUGUCACUGAUGGCCGCCUGUGGGUCUGUUCGAGGACUUAUUCAGAGCGUUCAACAUUAUCAACCUUUCAAAAGCUCCUGA